GAGUUGAUCUGUCAAGCAGCCUGAAAAAUCUUGACACUUAUCGGCGGACGCAACGCGGUGUUGACAGCUUUUUUUCGCCACCCGGAUACAAACUACAGAAGACGACGUCGUUGGAAUAUGGUGCUCGGGAAAGGGCGCCGCGUCAACAGCUGUUUUUAACGCGAUAAAAGUAGCCGUCGUCUGUCAGAAUUCCAACUAUCCAGCAGCCUAGCUUGCUAGCCAGCUAGCUAAUUUACAGUAGCUUGCACCUCCCGACGCUCGCCGUGCCGCAGAUACGGAUUUAUGUCGUCCCUCUUAAUGUUCAUAUAUCGGAAGGCACUCGUUCGGACUCAAUGACCCCGCUGUGAUGAUAUCCUGACAGCUCCUCUCGUCCGUUCCGAGCCACUUUCCUGCGCCUGGCUAGCAAGCUAACUCGGCUAACUAGCAGGCUUUUUUUUUUACUGCCACAGCGUCGCCGUUGAGCAACCGGUAGCCUUCGCCGUGGCAGCAGCGAAAUCCGAUUGGAUACGUUGACCGUGUGCAAACGGCGGUUCGCAGGGGGACGUCGAAGGACCCCCUCGGCCCGGCGAAGCGACCGUACCGAAGGGUCCCUUCUCUGACAGUACGCAGGGGAAGGGGAGCUAGCAGGACCAGGACGCCAGGGACCGUCGGCCACUCAGCGCUGCAGAGGCGUUGCACUGCCGAAGGAGACACCGGAUUGAACGGAGGAAGAGUCCCACACGUUUGACAACUGUGAUCCGGGAAGUGAACCGGGCAGGGACCUCAUGAAUGGAAAUCGGAACUACAGGAGCCGUUGGGGCCCAGUCCCUGUUCUCCAUGCCUCGGCGGCCUGGCUAUGGCACCAUGGGGAAGCCAAUCAAGCUGCUGGCCAACUGCUUCCAGGUGGAGAUCCCCAAGAUGGAUGUCUACCUCUACGAGGUGGACAUCAAGCCUGACAAGUGCCCACGGCGAGUCAACAGGGAGGUGGUUGACUCUAUGGUGCAGCACUUCAAGGUGACAAUCUUUGGGGAUCGCAGGCCAGUCUAUGAUGGAAAGAAAAGCCUGUACACAGCCAACCCACUGCCUGUGGCACCCACGGGGGUGGACCUGGAUGUCACUCUUCCUGGUGAGGGAGGGAAGGAUCGACCCUUCAAAGUUUCCAUCAAGUUUGUGUCUCUGGUCAGCUGGCACAUGCUCCACGAGGUGCUGACUGGACGCAGCAUGCCUGAGCCCCUUGAGUUGGACAAGCCCAUCAGCACCAACCCUGUACACGCAGUAGACGUAGUGCUGCGACACCUGCCCUCCAUGAAGUACACUCCAGUAGGUCGAUCCUUCUUCUCAGCUCCAGAGGGCUACGACCAUCCUCUGGGAGGCGGGAGAGAGGUUUGGUUUGGCUUCCACCAAUCCGUGCGCCCUGCCAUGUGGAAGAUGAUGCUUAACAUUGAUGUGUCUGCCACAGCCUUCUACAAAGCCCAGCCAGUCAUCCAGUUCAUGUGUGAAGUGCUGGAUAUCCACAACAUAGAUGAGCAGCCUCGUCCUCUCACAGACUCACACCGGGUCAAAUUCACCAAAGAAAUCAAAGGUUUGAAGGUGGAGGUGACGCACUGUGGAACCAUGCGGAGGAAGUACCGUGUCUGCAACGUGACCCGUCGGCCUGCCAGCCAUCAAACGUUCCCGCUACAGUUGGAAAACGGUCAGACUGUAGAGCGUACUGUAGCCCAGUACUUCAGGGAGAAGUACAACCUGCAGCUCAAGUACCCACAUUUGCCCUGUCUACAGGUGGGCCAGGAGCAAAAGCACACCUACCUGCCUCUGGAGGUGUGUAACAUUGUAGCCGGUCAACGGUGCAUUAAGAAGCUGACAGAUAAUCAGACCUCCACGAUGAUCAAAGCCACAGCUCGUUCUGCACCUGACAGACAAGAGGAGAUCAGCAGGCUGGUGCGCAGUGCCAACUACGAGGCGGACCCAUUCGUGCAGGAAUUCCAGUUCAAAGUGCGCGACGAGAUGGCCCACGUGACGGGGCGAGUGCUACCCGCCCCCAUGCUGCAGUACGGCGGCAGGGUGAGCACAGAGCACUUUAUGAACCGCACUGUAGCCACGCCCAGCCACGGGGUGUGGGACAUGAGGGGGAAGCAGUUCCACACUGGGGUGGAGAUCAAGAUGUGGGCCAUUGCCUGCUUCGCCACACAGAGGCAGUGUCGGGAAGAAAUCCUCAAGGGUUUCACAGACCAGCUUCGUAAAAUCUCUAAGGAUGCUGGGAUGCCCAUCCAGGGCCAGCCAUGUUUCUGUAAAUACGCCCAGGGAGCAGACAGCGUGGAGCCCAUGUUCAGACACCUGAAGAACACCUACGCCGGACUUCAGCUCAUCAUCGUCAUCCUGCCGGGAAAGACUCCAGUCUACGCGGAGGUCAAGCGUGUGGGAGACACCCUCCUGGGCAUGGCCACGCAGUGUGUUCAGGUUAAGAACGUGGUGAAGACGUCACCUCAGACCCUCUCCAACCUCUGCCUCAAGAUCAAUGUGAAGCUGGGAGGCAUCAACAACAUCCUGGUGCCUCACCAACGACCAUCAGUGUUUCAGCAGCCAGUUAUCUUCUUGGGAGCAGAUGUUACACAUCCGCCAGCCGGGGAUGGGAAGAAGCCUUCAAUUGCAGCAGUGGUAGGCAGCAUGGACGCCCACCCCAGCAGGUAUUGUGCCACUGUGCGAGUCCAGAGGCCCAGGCAGGAGGUUAUCCAGGACCUGGCCUCCAUGGUGCGGGAAUUACUCAUCCAGUUCUACAAGUCAACCCGCUACAAGCCCACCAGGAUCAUUUUCUACAGGGAUGGAGUUUCAGAAGGCCAGUUCAGACAGGUGCUGUAUUAUGAGCUGCUGGCCAUCCGUGAGGCCUGUAUCAGCCUGGAGAAGGAGUACCAGCCAGGCAUCACCUACAUUGUUGUGCAAAAACGCCACCAUACACGCCUCUUCUGUGCCGACCGCAACGAGAGAGUUGGACGUAGUGGAAACAUUCCUGCUGGUACUACCGUGGAUACGGACAUCACGCAUCCCUACGAGUUUGACUUUUACCUCUGCAGUCACGCUGGAAUACAGGGCACCAGUCGGCCCUCCCACUACCAUGUACUGUGGGACGACAAUUGUUUUACCGCUGAUGAGUUCCAGCUGCUCACCUACCAGUUGUGCCACACCUAUGUGCGCUGUACCCGCUCAGUCUCCAUCCCUGCGCCAGCCUACUAUGCCCACCUGGUGGCCUUCCGCGCACGCUACCAUCUGGUGGACAAAGAACACGACAGCGCUGAGGGCAGCCAUGUGUCUGGUCAGAGUAACGGUCGGGACCCCCAGGCGCUGGCCAAAGCUGUUCAGAUCCACCAUGACACCCUGAGGACCAUGUACUUCGCCUGAGCUCCACCCACCCUCCCCAACCAUUGCCACCCUUAACACACACAUAAAAACACACAGACACAACCAUGCACGCCUGGCUUGCCAGUCAAGGAGUCCUCAUAGGUGCAAGUCCCAACCCCCCCUACCCGCCCCCCCCCAUGCCUAGUCAAUCCGGACCUGACACUGUGCAGAGGAAAGCAGGGAGGAGGGAGGGGAGGAGGCACCCCCACACUGGACUUGAGGAUGCAAACGCUGCUUUAAAAACAAACAAGAGAGAAACUCAGCACUAUUAUGCAAUAUUAAACCAGCCAACUAGUUUAUUUUCACCCUUAUCAGGCCCCCUUUUCAUCGCCCCUCCUAUCUGUUCUUCCCUGUUUUGUCUUCUUUACUCGUGACCUAGUGGGUGUUUUUUUUUUGUUUCUUUCUUUCUUUUUACUUUUCCUUUGGCACAGUCUUUCGUAAUCGUCUAUUAAUCUGCUCCUUUGCCAUCUCCAGUACCUCAAGUCAGUUUGAGCAGCAGCACUUUUACAUUCUGUCAGUUUUACUGUAGUUUGUCGUUGAUUCUCCACCCCAAUGAAACUCCCAAGAGUCUGGAGUUACCAGGAGGGUUUUGUUUUAGAUUCUAGUUUCACGGACUAGAGGGUCCUCCCAGUUGCCACUUUUAUUUCCCCCUCUUGUUUCCUCUCCUGUUCUGUCACUUUCCCCCUGGUGUGUGAUAUCACCACUUACUUGUAUGGAGCUACAUGUUCUUUUGAGCACACUGCCACCUGUUGGCGACGAGGUAUAAAUGCCCCCUAAAAGUCACAACAUGUAAUUGUUGUCGUGUAAGACUUCAGAUCAGUUUUGAUUUAUUUCUAACAGUCAGCUGUCACAUUUGAACAAAGGGGCAGUUUCUAUUGGCUGAUAUAUCAAUUGCUGAAUUGCAGCCAUCUAUGGAUUUUAUUUAAAGUAUAACACUGUUGUUUGAUUCUGGUUGUUACGGUUUCUUCUAUAUUAUGUCAAAAACAUUUUCUGAUUCUAACUUUUUCAGACUUACUUAAUCAUGUAAGCUUUUGUUUUUUUUAAUCUUAGUAACUGUCGUGCAUUCAUUUCCUCUCAGUGCUUUAUUUUGCAUUUCCCUCUUGAGCUCGAGAUGGUGGGUAAAUAAGAGAUUACGUCGAUGGUUUCCUCUAGUGCAAUAAUCAGCUGAACGAAGGGAAGAGGAUUUUUAGGGGACUUAAACGACUCGAAAGUACAGUUAGAACAUUUCAUUCGAAAGCGCGGAGAAACGUUUCGCGAGACCCUCUCAUGUGUUCGCUCCUCCGUGAGUCGACUGAUCGGCGUGUUUUCUGAGUUUUGCCCUUGCUGUUGGGCAAAAAUGGUGCAACUGCAGUUUUGGUGAUUUUCUUGUUUUUACUUGAACUGAAGGAUUUUAUGCGCCUCUGUGGUUUGAGAAUACUUUUUGAUCAACGGGCAUGAUUUCAGAGUAAUGCUAAAAGAGGUUGAUUUUUCUUAAUUCCUAAGAAUAACAAAGUUUUUCACCUGACUGCAGCAAAGCGGAGUAUAAAGGCCAUAAAGAGGUAGUAUUCAAGUGCCUGGUGGAGGUUAAGUAUAUAAUGGUCGAAAGCUGCGCGACUUGUCGUAGGGAUCUUAUUUCAGCGGGGUAGAAUGAUCAAAAAGCAUAUUCCAACGAAUGGACAGCAUAAGAUAGUUUGAAGCAAGAAAGUUUCACCCGAUGCCUCUUAUUCUCUCUCAACAACCGUCUACUGACUUUUCUAUACAUCUCAUUCAAAUCAACCUAAGAUCAAUAUAUUUAUUGUAUUUGCCUAUACAGCAGUGUUAGCUGUUGGCUUUGCUUCGGAGCAGCAUUCAAGCAAAGCGGGCCGAAGUUGUCUUUUUUGCUUAAUAUUCACCAGACGUGGAUCCAGCUGCUACAGUGUGUUUGUAACUCACGGGCCAGGUUCCUGGGCACGGACUUAGACUUGUCGUAAACUAAUGUUUUCAACAACAUUUUUUCCUUUCAGUAGAAAUCCUUAACCCGAGGACAAGUUUAGCUCCUGCCCACGUGACUGGCCCAAAGUCGGGACUGGCUUCAGAACAAAGUCGAGGAGUCGAGUGGAUGACCAAGAAUUGCUACAGAAGUACAGCUGACUGUUGAUGUGAAUUGUGGAUUACGGUCACCAUGUAGCUCCUCUCAUCCGCUGAAGGCCUGAAGCUUGUUCGUGGGGGAGGGAGGGAGGGGGGUGUUUUUAAAAAAGUUAUCUGCACUAAAAGAAGCAUGUGUUUCGGGGACUGAACACAAGCGUGGUGCUACUCUUGUCUGAAUUAGAAUUUGAAGCUGAACCUCUGCAUGAGACUGUGUAUGAGCAGAUGGGUAUGGUAGGAAAAAACAAACAGUUAACCUCACUCUCUGAAGGACAGGAGACGGAUCCACUGCUGUGGUCGGUGAAGGGAGGUACAGGUUUUACGAUUUCAUUCGGGUUGGAUUGGCGUUGAUGGUACAAUGGCGGACGUUGCCUCGGACGGCGAGGUAUUAAUGUAGGGUCCUGCCUCCGCUGUCGCAUUUGACUGCCUUUCACGGGCUAGCCUUCCAGUGUGGAAGCCAGUGGGUUUGAGCCUUCAUGAUUUCACUAGUAUCUGAAAGCCUUUUUUUUAGAAAAAAAAAAGCCAGAUCAGAAAGUAUAUUUGUACAUUUUAAAUUAUGUAAUGCACACACCACUUAUUUUUGCUAACAGAAAAAAAAAAACAAAAGUAGUCUAAUUAUUAAUCUUAGUAAUAAAUGUAUCAUGAUAAGUAACGGUUAAAAAGGUAUAACAAAGUUUUAUUAUUGCAAUAGACUGUUGACUUGUUCCUGUGUCACUGUAUAACGUAUAGUGUAUGUGUGAACAGUGGUGGGCUUGUUGAAAACUAGUGAUGUGUGUUUGGACUGUCAUACUGUUAUUGAUAGGGACGUGGACUCAAACCACCUCUUGCUUCGAUGUUUGGAAAAGAAAAAAAAAAAAAACUCGCGAGAUGCUGAAUGCUUAUUUCUUUAUUCGUAGAUGUUCAUACAAUUGGAGGUUCGUCUGUGAGGAGACAAAAGAUUAACAUACUGUACUCUGAGAGCCUUUGUGUUGGGACGUCACGAGCCUAUUGUGGCGACGGCAGAAUAGGAGAAGAGUCGGUUGAUGUAUUGAGCUUCUGCUCUUGAAUGUUCUCGGGUUUCCUACAACUGGUGCUGAUGCCUGCUCCUUAUCAAGAGGGGAGAGUGAAAAGAAAACGGGCAAGUGGUUUUUUGAAAGUCUCGGUGAAUCAUUUCAAAGUCAUGUGUGAUCAAAGAAUAACGUAACAAGGGGGUAGUAGUUCUCCAUUCCUUUGUGUUUAAAGCCUCGGGGGAUUUACGUCGGAUUGCGACCUCUGUUGCUUUCCUCAGACUGGGUCUCCUUAUUCGAGCCACUUUAUGUGCACACAAAUACAAAGAGUCGGCCUCUCGGUAAAUCUGUGGUGUGACAAAGCCUGUAAUCUUAUUUUUGCUCUCUUUUGCUCCCAAACAUUUACUCCCCUGUGCCAGAGGACUACAUUCCAUGGCCGUACAAUCUCAUCCAAUCCCCCUGGGAGCCGUAAGGAAGGUUAGAACUGAAGGACGACAUAGUGGGAUGUAGUGGGGUUCAUUCAAGUAUGUUUGCGCGUGCGUGGUGUUUUUUUUUUUUUUUGUGGAAGGAAUCAAAGCUGAUGAAUGAAAACAUGAGGCGGCGGGUUAUGUUGGAAGUUGUUUGACGGGGUGGGGAGGAUGAUUGACUCACUAUAUCUCUGCUGUCUGUAAUCCGUGUACAGGUUUUGUAUGUAAACUCCACCCCUGAGGGCAGUUGAACACAUGUUUACAUAGCAGAUGUGUUUGCCUCGCUUACAUUUGAAAUGUCAUCAGCUCUGCUUUGCAAAUAUUAGCUCGUAGAGAAGUGACCCAACGUGAGCAAAGACCAUUUUUGGGGCCUGCGGAAGUGAACACUCGACGGGAUACCAAGACAAUAUUUAUUCGGCCAAUUAUUCCUCAACAGGCGUUUGUGUUGCGUAACGGGGGGGACGCUCUCGUUUGCAAUCCCUGAUUAAUUUUAGAUUGAAAGGUACGCUAAGCUUUGCGGGUAGCUGUGUUCCUUCAGCUCUCAAUUAGGUUUGUGAACGCUGAUGUGAAAGAAAACUAUCUAAAAUCUGACCCCCACCGUCUUGUGAAGAAUUAAUCAACUCCAAAAAGGUCAGUGUCUCCAUUCUGAGUAAUCGAUCAACCUCCCUGAUUUUUUGGUUGGUCUCUAUUUGCGGUGGAAAGUAGCAAUGGAGCGAGAAAAAGUCCACAGAAAGUGCCUUUCCUCUUGAUGGUGCUGUCAAUUGAAAGAUAAAAUGUAAAAUCAAAGAAAUAGAAUCUCCUUUUCAAAAACACAUGCAGGAAUAGCUGCAUUUUACACACACACACACACACAUGCACACACACACACACACUUUACAUGUUUGUUUUUUAGAGACGGCAAUGCAAACUUGUGUUUCAUGUAUUUAGACAUUACGCCUACAUAGAAAUAGAAUAUUAUGCCAAGUAUAUGGUUGUGGUUGAGCUCUUGCUUCCUAGUGCAUUUAGUGUCUUGGACCAAUGGUGUUGUUGGUACAGUGGAAUGUGCAUUUGGGUGGGUUGGCGGGGUGGGAUGGGGUCGGGGAUGGGGUGGUUUGGGGGGGUCAUAGCUGACACUAGCGUGGUGCGACACAGCCCAGCCCACGAAUGACAAACAUAGCACAGCACUUUAGAGACUGCCACUCUCACUCAGACACAUAGCCAAGAGGUUUCAAUCUCUGUCCCUCCAGUCCUCUCCGUCCUCGAGGGAGGGAGGAGGAGGAGGAGGAGGAGGAGGAGGAGGAGGAGGAGAGGAUCCAAAGCCUCAGCGUAAACGAGGAAUCGAAGGGAUGUGUGUUACCAAACAAAGCAGUCGGUCAUUAAAAGUGUGCCUCAUGCUCUCGUGACUUUGUUGUUGGCUCGGUGGAGCCGGUCUGCUCUCGGGUGGCGGUCUUCUCUCUGGAACUGCCACUUGACACUUUGUUACAGCUAGGGCUGGGUGUCAACUCAUCCUUCCACAUUUAUUUUUUGGUUUUUUUUGGCAUCCAAAAAUGCAAGUUUUAAGAAAUAAAAUGCAGCCCGGAACUUUUUACAAUAGUAGAUUUUUGCACUGAGGAAUAAUAACAAAAAUGGCAUUUAGUUUUAGUUUUUUUUCCACUAAGCAAAGCAAAAGAACGGCAGAACAGACUUUGAAUCUGUUGCACGGUGAAGUACGCUUUCAUUCAUUUUUACAGCCAGGUACAGAAAUAAAACAGAGCCAGUGUCAGUAUUCAGACUUUUUUCUCACGGUGAUGCCCAGCCCUAGUAGCAGCUCAUGGCAUUCUUUCAUCCUAGUGCAAUGCCCUGCCAUGUGUCUUGUCCCUGAUGGAGGGAAUGCGUGCCCAGCAGUAUCCUUGUUUAGAAGCCGGUAGGGUGUCGACAAAAAAAUACCGAGGAUGUGUCUGUAGUUCUGUGGGUACCUUUUCAGUCCAGGGGGUGAAAUCUUUCUAUUACAAGAAAUCUCAACAAAAAAAAAAAACAAAAACACUGCACCUCACUUACCUUGGUAUGCUGCAUAUGUUAUACUACAUGAAAGAAAACUGCAGAUUGCUUUUAUUAUGACAUAUAAUGCUUGAGUAAUGCCUGAUUGCGAUAUUCUUAUACAGUAACUAUUUUAGAGUCAAAAAAAAAAAAAUUAAGUAUAACUGUUAAAAAAAAAAAAAAAUUAUUCUGUUUUGUCUUAACACUUAUCCGACUUUGAAAAAUUGUUCUUGAGCCGACUUUUAUUUUGUUGUCCUAUUUAAAUGUGUUGUUCUUUAAAUAUAUAUAUGAAAUAUAUAUAUGCGGAAUAUUUUAUGGUGUAUUUAUUGAGAGUGCGUUUAAAGCGGCUGGAGUCUCCGCAUCAUUUUUUUUUUUUUUUGCAGCAUGGUGGGGGCGGAGCCAGGAGGAAGAGGCCUUUUUUUUUGUUGUUUUUAAGCCCCUCCCCCUCCAUGUUGACGCCUUAUUCUCCGAGACACGCAAGCACAACAAUAUGGAGGGGGGUGCGAGGUGGAGGGAAGGGAGGAGGCGGAUUUGACUUGUGACGAGAGCUGCGUGUCAGGUUCAUAUCUACAGGUCAACUCUUCCCGCCUCCUUUUUCCCUAUUCUUUAGCCUCCACUCUUCUUUCGCCACCCGAGAAGGCCAAAACGCCAACCCCCACAUGUUGCCGCUCAUCUCUUGACGAAGGGAACCAUUUCUGAACCACACUGACUUGAGUGUCGAAUAGCUGACUUUUCAUCCCGAGCUGCUAAUUGGUACGUUAGCCAUGUCAAUUCCCCGAGCCAGUAAAGGGCAAAGUGGAAGAGUGUAAAAUAAAAUAACAUUUAGAGAAGAACGGCAGGGGAAACGAAGAAAAGAUGUUGGAAAGGCAAAAAUUCUUUGGAUUACGGUGAAAAAUUUUUAGUGUGUAGGCGUUGCUUCUUUCUUCUGAUUGUCUCCUGUCAAGGUUUUUUUUUUUCUUGUGCCAGAGUAUUUUACAGCAGGAACAGGUCUCAUUCCAAUAAGAGAAGACAUGCCUCAGCCUUAAGUGCGUUCUUACAUAGUUGUCAGAAAUCUAUGUGACUUUUUUGCAAUGCCUGGUGUUGGGUGGCCUACCAAGAAGAAAAAAAACAAAACUAGCCUACGUACUUGAUCUGCCUGAUUCCCCAACCGGCAUCCUCAUCUCUUCUCACUUCUCAUGUAAACCACUAACAGAACUUAGUGAACUCUGAUGUACGAAACGAAGUGUAAGCUUUUGAAAAUUGCUCCGUCUCAUUUGUACUGAUGUCAGAACAGAAACCGGGUCCGGGUCAAACGGUAUUUGGAAACAUGGCAUUUGUUUUUUUGUUCCAGGAUGAGCAGUCGCCCGCUGCCUCAGGACAACGCAGAUAUCAUCGUUAAAAAUUCUCAAUAUGCUAAUUUGACUUUUACACACUUCCCUGUGUUUCGUAUAAGUUCAUUGGUUAUCAUCGUGUUGUCAGUGACGGCAUAUCCAAAGAGCAGAUAUUUUCAGAUGCUUUUUGACCCGGGCCCGGCGAGAACCAGGAGGUUCCCCAGCGUGCUGGAUUUCAGAGACCUGUGCCUGUAUAAUGAACCAAGGAUGAACUGUGUUGUGAUGAAUUAUUGUUUUUUUUUUCUUCCUUUUUUAAAACAUUUCUGUUGGUUGUCCCUCACCCCAUCAGAGGAUCAGAGACAUGGACCUUUUGAGUGUUGUCAAUCCUGUUCCAAAGCCAGUAGGCCCUCUGUCCUGUUAAACCAAAUCAGCUUUUGUUUUUGGUUUAAUACAUGUUUACCAUAAUGUUUACUCCCAUGGCUAUCAGACGUUUAACCUGUUUUUCAUGUCAUUUGCAUUCCAAACGACCUCAAACCAAAUAUUGCAGAAGAGAUUAGGCUCCUGAUGCCGUUUCUUGUAUUCACACAAUGGUUUUUGGAGACAGAUAUUCGACAGCGGCCAAGGAUUUGAAAACACUUUGCGUACUCUUUGAUUGUUCAAAUAUUCAUAUUGUCAAUGUAGCAUCGCUCCUGUGUCAGUCUUAUUUCAGUCGAAAGAUCUUGGGCUCUGAUACCUCUGAGUUGAGGCACCAGCAAACGGAUGUGUACAUUGAACAGUGAACCUUCACCACCAGAUGAUCCAUGUCUCAGUCUCUGUGUUCUUUUGCAAAGGCUCUGUUGUACCAACAGCUCUAUUCCUUUCAGUUUUAAAUGUCUCUUUCUUUUGUAACUCUCUCUUAUAGGUUGUUGGCCCUUUUAGUGUUGCUUUGCUUCAGUUUGAAGUGCAUCUUUGACUAAUACUUGCAAUAAAAUGCUUUGCUUUAC